UACUUUCCUCCUCAGCCACUGUUUGUUCCCACAUAAGAUGAAUAAGAACCACGAACACCACACUAAUUCCCACUUAAGGAACACCUAUUUCUUUGAAAUUGGCAUUGGGAUCUCAGCCAACAGCAUCCUUCUUCUCUUUCACAUCCUCAAGUUCACUUCUGGGCACAGGCCCAAACCCACUGACCUGCUCAUUGGUCUCUUGGCCCUAAUCCACCUACUGAUGCUUCUGAUCACAGCAUUAAGAGCUACAGACAUUUUUCUUUCUCGGAGGGGAUGGGAUGACAUCACAUGUAAAUUCCUUAUGUACUUGUACAGAAUAUUUAGGGGUCUUUCUCUUUGUACCACCAGCCUGUUGAGUGUCCUCCAGGCUAUCAUCCUCAGUCCCAGAAGCUCCUGUUUAGCAAAAUUCAAGCAUAUAUCUCCCUAUCACAUGUUAUGUGCCCUUCUUUUCCUGAGUAUCUUCUAUAUGUUCAUUAGCAGUCACCUCUUAGUAUCGAUGAUUGCCACACCCAAUUUGACCUUGAAUAAUUUUAUGUAUGUUACUCAAUCCUGCUCAAUUCUACCUAUGAGUUACCUCAUGCAAAGCACAUUUUCCACACUGCUGGCCCUCAGGGAAGCCUUUCUCAUUAGUCUCAUGGUCCUCUCGACUUGCUACAUGAUGACCCUCCUAUGCAGGCACAAGAGGCAGUCUCAGCAUCUUCAUAGCACCAGCCUUUCUCCAAAAGCAUCUCCAGAGGAAAGGGCCACCCGGACCAUCCUGAUGCUCAUGAGCUUCUUUGUGCUGAUGUCCAUCCUGGACAGCAUUAUUUCCUGCUCAAGAACUAUGUUCCUGAAUGAUCCAACAUCUUACUAUAUCCAGCUCUUUGUGGUCCAUAUCUAUGCCACCAUCAGUCCUUUUGUAUUUAUGAGCACUGAAAAACAUAUAGGUAACUUGUUGAGGUCUAUGUGUGAGAGGGUGAUAAAUGUUUGA